AUGAAAUUACGUCAUAUUCACGUCAACGGCAUGAAAUGUACGGGCCCUGCACUUUACUAUUCAUAACAGUAUUUUAUUUUUGUUAGGGUAAAAGUUUUCUUAUACCUGACAAUACUACAAACAACUGUCACUUUGACGUUUGACAGUAACCGUUUCGGUUUCUCUGAGACUGAGACAAGGCAGACAGCCCUUAUGGCUUGCCUGUUUUACACUAUUUUUCAUUUACAUUUAGAAAUAAGUUUAUUUGAAAAUAGAUUUAAUGUUGUUAUUAAUAAAGUCUUUUAUGAUAAAAUAACGCACCUAAAUUUUGUAUCAAAGUUACGAAAAUGAGUGUAAUACUUGACAUUUGAAAACCGUUAUUUCAUUGCGAAUUAAUGCCUUGUUUUCACGCGUUAUUUAUAAUUUAUCGAAAUAAAAAUGAGUAUUUACGUAUUAUCGGAUGAUAGUGACCACAGUAGCCAUGAUGGCUUAAAUUUUAUGAAGAAGGAUGAAGAGGAUGCCAAAGAACAGUGUGUAGAUUUAACUCAGGAGGAUAUGGAACCUGAUAAUGAACCAUACCUCUCACCCUACAGCGACCCAUACGAAUAUCUACCUCCGGUCCAGCUGAGUGGGCCAGUGGCCACUUUGAGCUCUGGGAGCACUACUGUGCCAGUGGCCUCUCUUAGUUCCGGGAGUGCUACUAGCUCCACUGGUACCAGCUCUAGUGGUUACGGAGGGUCUGAAUGCUCUAGCGGCAGCAAGAGGGGUGCUGGAAACAAAGAUGCUAAAAGCAAGAAGAAGGCUGAUGCUCAAGCCAAGAAGCAAAAGUUGGCUCACGAGCGAGCAGCUAAGGCGGCUGCUGCUGAAGCCAACAAGGUCUACAAGCCCGGGGAGUGCAUGAAGUACAUGCAUAUAGAAAUGCACCCGUCCCUGCUCGAUCAAUGGUACUGCGCAGAUGUGACCCGAGAGGCGGGUGCGGUCGGUGCUAAGAUCGAAGCUGUUCAGGACCUGUGCGAUCCGGCCCUGGUCAUGUGGAGCCGGAGGGUACCGAGGGCGCUAACGGCCGCUAACGGUCAGGUAGAACUAUCUCCAGCCCGCCAACGUUGCCACCGAGCGUUAUACAUAAACACAAUAUCGGAAAUAUCCCGUUUCGUCCGGGACCGAUCUCUCUCUAACCACAUCAAGCAAGCGGCAGUGUUAGCCGAAUGCGAAGUUACGCUGGUCGUGCACGGGGUCAAGGAUUAUUUCAAGGCGGCUAGUCGGAGAACGCAGAAUAAAGAUUUGAUCACGGAGAUUGAGCUGGAGAUGGCGUUGACAGAUCUGCUGGUGACCGCCGGGUGCGACGCGGCUCUAGUAGACACGCCCAACGAACUGGCUCUACUGAUUGUACAGUUCACCAAGGCCAUAGCUGAGGAACCGUUUAAGAAAAUAAAGCGAGGCUUCGACGAACAAGCAGAGUUCUACAUGAGGGGAGAUAACAAGAAAUGCGUUCCAGUUGACAAAGAUGGGAAUGGGGCUAGUAGAUUAUGGCAGCAAAUGAUAGCUGUGCUUCCUGGAUCCAGUUUAGAAACUUCUAGGUCUGUCUGCGGCCAAUACAAAUCGCCUCUUGCCCUUUAUCAGGCACUGCAACAUCCGAAUGGAGUAAAUGAUUUGGCUGAUAUAGGAGUUUCAAGAACGGGAGUCCCUGGAUCCAAAAGUCGUCGUUUAGGGCCGGAGUUUGCUAGAAAAUUACGAAUAUUAUUUACUGCUGAAGAUGGGGAUGUGUUAAUAGACUGAUAAGUUAUGCUAUAUUGUUUGUAGAUCAUGAAGAGGAAUAAAUAUUGUUUUCACGUUU